UCUUUCAGGAUGAAGCAAUUCUUGCUCCAACAUUGGAGAUUGUUAAGGAGGUCAACGAUUUUGUGCUAUCUAUGAUUCCAGGUGAAUCAAAAGAUUUUUUAAGCUGUGAUACACCAUGUAAAUCUGAUGAGGAUAAUGACGUUCAAGGCGACUGGUUUACAUCUGAAUUUUUAAAUGAUAUCCAAUGUUCUGGGAUACCGAAUCAUCGGCUAACACUUAAAGAGGGUGUUCCUGUUAUGCUGCUACGCAAUAUUGAUCAAGCCAGGGGCUUAUGUAAUGGUACCAGAUUACAGGUCAAGGAAUUGGGCAAGAAUGUUAUAACAGCUGUUGUUAUCAAUGGAACAAAUGACGGUGAAGUUGUCUAUAUUCCAAGAAUGGACUUAGUUCCUUCAGAUUCUGGACUUCCGUUCAAGUUUUGUCGCCGCCAAUUUCCCAUAUGCUUGUGUUUUGCAAUGACCAUCAACAAGAGUCAAGGACAAUCUCUCUCCAAGGUUGCAGUUUAUUUACCUCGACCAGUUUUUACACAUGGUCAAUUGUACGUAGCAGUUUCAAGAGUGACAACAAAAAAAGGCUUGAGGUUUCUUAUAUUAGAUGAAGAUCGCAACACCUGCACGACGACAACAAAUGUCGUCUUUCCUGAAAUUUUUGAGAAUUUAAAGGUUUAAAAUGAAAAUUAUGUCAACAUAUGGUUCAUAACAUAUUUAAUAUGUUGUUUUUUGAUGGUGCAUUUUUUGGGUUGGAAUCACUGCUUCCUAAUGUAGUUAUUUUCUUUAGUUAGUUAAGGUAUUAUGUACUUAUUAUGUGGCCAAAUGGGAAACCAAUAAUACUGAUGUACAAAUUGGGCUAAAAAUCGUUUUUGGCCCAUGACAAAGCCUAUAUGAUAAAUUUGCAAACCACAUGUCAUGCUUCUCAUUGGAAUACAACAACACGGCUAGGGUUUGGCAAAUAUAGAUCUCUAAACAAGGCAGACAAAGGAAUCAACUUCUCAAGGAAAGGUUUUGCUGCAAUCCAUACAAAGAUGAAUUUGGUUGAAGAAGAACAUGUUGAACCACCAAGAUUUUGGCAAAUAGUUACCACAGAUGCUCAUAUUCAAGGCAGAGGUGUUUUGCAUUUUCCCCGCAGUAUCGUGACUAACUAUUUGCCUCAUCAUCAACAACAUAUUAAUAUAGUUUUACAUAACUCAAAUAUUUCUGUCAACUGUACUAUCAAAACAUCACAAAGGAAUUGGAACGAGAGGUAUCUAUCUCAAGAGUGGGUUGCAUUUCUCAAUGAAGCUAAUAUCAAAGUCAACUACAGACUUAAGUUAACUCUUUCAAAUCCACCGGAUGUUUUGAGUGUUGAAAUCAUCAAUUAAGAUGCAUAAUUCUAUGUUGGUCAUUUUGUUUAAUUUAUCUCACUUUAAGAACCAUGUAAUGUUUUAUUAUAUUUAGGUUUGUUUAACUUUCAAUUUUUAUUGUAAGAACCAUGUGUUGUUCAAU